UGAGGGGGACUUUGAGACGUUUAGAAAAUUCUAUAAAAAACCCCCUCCUGAUCACACCCCCUUUCAAAAACCGAAAUGAACACAUUUUUAUGCUUUCCUAUCCCCAUCGGACGAUUAUAGACCUUAAAAUAAUUUAUUCGCCUCUUUGAGGUUCCUAGCACAUGCUACUUCACCAUUUUGCUGCAAUCACAAUUCUUUUAAUUUAUUUCAUAUUUAUAGAGUGCUAGUAAUAAAUAUUGUCCGAGUUUGAGGGUAAAAUGCUCAUUGUACACUUGGAAUUCAGCUUAAUCUGCGCAAAUUAAUAAUCCACCUUGUUGAUUGCAUUGCCAAUCUCACGACUUUUUGAGACAGCAACAGUCUAGUUCUAGUUAUUGCAUGGUUGACUUGAGUUCACGAAUACACGAUUCUCAAAUUCCCUCGCAUCCGUCCGUAUGUUGGGUAGUUCUGCUUGCUGUAUCAGGCUGUAUGGUGCUGGUUGAUGCUAUUGCUGGGUCCACUCACAGGUGUUUUUGAGUAGAAUUUGCCCAGGAACUCAAAGUUACCAAGUUUUUAACAGAAAUUACUUGCUCAGAUAAAUGAAACCGUGUUGAGUACAGAGCAUAGUCUGCAAAUUACUAUACUGAGCGUACAAUUGUAAUUUUAAUCUUAACUACAAAUAGAAGGGGGUAGAGGGCGAUCAGUCAAUCAAGAACAGUGAUGAAUCAUCAGGACAAAGUGAAUGGUCAUGACGACAUUGACCAUCCAGGAAUCCGACGGCAUCGGUAUUUAAGGUCUCAAAGAAAUCAUCAAGGAGUUGGUCAUCCUGGCGACCACGACAACCAGCAAGCGCACAUUCCACGACUUCAACCCAGGCAGAAACACAAGAAAAAUGAACGAUCGUUGAGAAUGGAUCUCAGUGGCAGCUCUAGUAAGACUCCAUAUAAAAUUAUGAAGGACAAUGGACAAGCCCCCACUGAAAAAACGGACAGUUUGCAUUGCCUUAAUUCCACAUUAAAAGAAGACGUUGAGUUGGUUUCGACCCUCGGGGGUGACAGUGAGAGAGAGGAUGACAACCAUGGACAGGAAGACGACCUGGACCAAAACGAUGCCUUGAAUUACAUGGCCACCCCGAUAGCAAAGGGAGAAGAAAUUGCUGCACUUUUCCAUCCCACUUUCUGGAUUGCAGAUGGGACCAUUGAAGUAUUGGAGCGACUCGGCUGUGGGGCGUAUGGAAAUGUGUACAAAGUUCGACACUUCAAUUCGACGUCACAAGGCACCAAGAAUUUGCAAAGCGGGAAAAUCCGUGCCCUCAAAGUCAUUCGUAAUAUGAGUGAUCAUUGGAACGACAUGGAAUCCAUACAUCGAGAAAUUAAGUCUUUGAGGACAAUCAUAAGUCAUCUACCUCCUAGACCGGUCAGAAGAGUGAUUGUGAAACUUUUAAGUAAUUUUACACUGAAGGAAAACCUUUGCAUAAUCUACGAACUGUUAGGACCGAGUUUACAUAAUGUUAUGAAAAGUUACAGUUUUACUGGGUUCUCUUGGAAAGAAAUUAGAAGCAUUAGUUAUCAAGUGUGUGUAGCUGUAAACUAUAUUCAUUCGCUGCAACUGAUACAUCACGACAUCAAACCAGAGAACAUUGUUUUUUCCAACACAAAUUUUGAAAUCGGGUCUGGAAUGGAACCACGUGUGAAGCUGAUUGAUUUUGGCAGUACGGUCUCAGCCAACUACCACAACGGCAAGGUAGCAACAACGAUUCGGUACCGAUCUCCAGAAAUUGGUUUGGUCGGACUGAGCAGUUUUGCAGCAGAUGUAUGGAGCUUGGGCUGCGUCAUGUUUGAAUUGUAUACAACUCAUCCACUUUUUGCGAUUGGACAAGACGAGGUGGAAAAAUGGUACAUGAUCGAAGCCCUCUUUUGCGAUGUCAUUCCCCCCAAACUGGCUAUGGGCUCUGGACUCACCUGUUUUGAUCAUGCAGGAAAAUUACGAUAUGAAGAAAUGGAUAAAUCAAAAAUCAAAAUAAUUCAGGAUAAAAUCCAGCCAUUUAAGGAAUAUAACGAGUCUCCCAACUCAAAGACUGCAGUACAGUUUUUUGAUCUUCUCAGCAAGAUGUUGGAUUUGAAAUGUAGUACACGAAUUGACUCUUAUAGAGCUCUUCAUCAUCCCUUUUUGAAACUGGAGACGUACAGUAGAGAAUAUGAUCCCCUGGUCGUUCCACAUGCCGCAACUCACCUCGGAGAAUUGUUUCGACAUAGUCCACGUCGUCUGCCUUUUAAAUUGAAGCCUGAACUAGAUUUAAAACUUUUGCGUUAACCAAAGUUUGGAAUUAUCAAGAUAACUGUUCCAAUAGUAUAGACAAAAUUGACUUGAUAUUUAGCUAGGGAAUUACGCUAUUAAUUAUUUAGGUAAUCCCUGGAAAUGAAUAUAAAUUAUUUAUUACGAAUUAUUAGUAAGACAGGUAUUGUAUUUAGCCAUGUUUUACCCAAGAUUGACAAACAUUCAUUAAAAAUUAAGUAAAUCAUAAUUCUGCGAAAGUUGCGAUUAUCGGAUUAUCUAAGUAAUUGCUUCUGUAGUUUCCAAAGUUUUCUAGCACACGUCUCAUCUGUGUGCAUACAUAUUAUGUAUAUGUACUAGUCGUUUUAGCGUUUAUUCGCUUCCAUUAUUUAUUCAAUGCAUUAUACUUUAAGUAUGAUUAUGUAAAUCACAGCUCAAAUACAUAAUUAAAUCAAACAUAUAUUUUUUAGGACAUGUAUUUUAUUGGACUGUGUAUGUACAACCUUUACGAUGUAUCCAUAAAUGUAUUGCCAACAGACAAAUGCAUGUUACAAUUAUCCGAAA